AUGAUGCUUGCAAAAGACAAGGGCGUGCAACCACUAACAGUUAGACCUUGUGGCAUUUGUACACAAGUUGGACAUCCCACUGACAUGUGCCCCAUGUUACAAGAAGAUGUAGAGCCAGUUCAAGCUAUGAGAUUUUCAAGUCAACAACAAGGAAACUUCCAGCCAAGAAGCAAUCCAAAUUGGCAUCAACCUAAUACCAAUUUUCAGCCUACACCACCACCUUAUCAACCAAGACCCCCAUUUCAAAAUCAAAUGCAUCACCAACAAAAUUAUCAACCACAUUUCCAGCCAACUCAACCUCCUCAUCAAUCUCAAUAUCAACCUCAAAACAUGCAUCAAGGAAGUAGUUCAAGCGGAUCGGGAAUGUCUUUGGAAGACAUUGAUAAGAGUUUAGCCACAAGUACUCAAACCUUUCAAAAUGAGACCAAAGCGAGCAUCAAGACUUUGGAGCAACAAAUGACUCAACUCGCCACUUCUGUGAGUAAAUUGGAGUCACAAGGCAAACUACCCGCGCAAACCGAGAAGAAUCCAAAACAUAGUGCAUGUGUCAUCACUUUGAGGAAUGGCAAAGAAUAUGAACGUCCAAAAAUGGUUGAAGAAGAAGAAAAGAUGGAGCUAGAGAAAGAAGAAGAGAAGUCAAAAACACCUUCCAAGCAAGUUCCUAUUGAAGCAAAAGUCACUCCUCCUCCAUUUCUUUCAAGAUUAUACAAGUCAAAGCGUGAAAGUGAAGACAAUGAAAUCAUGGAGAUGUUCAGGAAGGUAGAGGUAAAUAUUCAUCUUAUUGAUGCCAUCAAACAAGUCCCUAGGUAUGCAAAAUUCCUUAAGGAAUUAUGUACAUCUAACAAAAAACUGAAAGGGAAUGAAACUGUCAAAGUAGGAGAAAAUGUGUCUGCAGUGUUACAAAAAAGAUUACCUCAAAAAUGUAAGGAUCCAGGUGUUUUCACGGUUCCUUGCAAAUUAGGUAAUCUUCAUGUUCCACGAGCUAUGCUAGACCUUGGAUCUUCUAUCAAUGUUUUGCCAUUUUCCAUCUUUAAAACUUUAAAUAUCGGCACAUUGAAGAAGACCGGGGUAAUCAUUCAAUUGGCUGAUAGAUCUUUAGUACAUCCAAAAGGUGUGCUAGAAGAUGUGUUAGUCCAAGUGAAUGAACUAGUGUUUCCAGCAGAUUUUUAA